AUGGACAAUUCAGAUCCACUCCUCAGUGAGCUCUGCUCAAUCUGUCACGUCAAUCCCCCGAAAUACCGCUGUCCACGCUGCGCAACACGAACCUGCUCCCUCCCCUGUUCCCGCCGUCACAAGCUCUGGUCCCAAUGUUCAGGUGUCCGAGAUCCAGCCGCAUACUUGAAGCGAAGCGAGCUAGCCAGCGAAGCGGCCUUUGAUCGCGAUUUCAACUUCAUCACGGGCAUUGAGCGGACGUUGGAGCGCGCAGAGCGAGACGCAGAGAAUCGAGGCAUUGAUCUCACUCGUGAACCUGUGGGGAACGAGGAAGAUGAUAUCCCCAAUGAUGCAGCUACGGAUCCUGUGGGCGCGGGUCGCAAGAGGAAACAUCCUACGCAAGGUCUGGUGAAAGGUGAAGCUGGGUUUUUGCGAGGCGCAGAGGCUGGUGCAGUGAGGGUAUUGAGGGCGCCGAGGGGAAUGUCGAGGAAUACGCAGAAUACGUCGCGAUGGCAUCCAAAGCACAAGUGUCUCAGCUGGACGGUGGAAUGGGUGUCUGCGACAGGCGACAAGACCGUUCGCAAUGCGCUGGAGACGUAUCAGGUCUCCGACGCCUAUGACCGCGCUUUCCCUCCUCCAAAAGAAGCGAGAGCUCAUACAGAUGGGAAGAAAGACGACGUUGUACCUGGGAACGAAAGAUCCGCUGAGCAAACGUCUUCCGAAGCGAAUAAUCCGGAUCAUGAGUCCGCAGAUACGAAAAGUCAGGCCGCUGCUUCGGAGUCGGCAGGAGAGAAAGGUGCUACACCACUUAUUGAUCCCCAUCGCAAUCUCUACUUCUACCUACACCGCCCGAGGACGUCGACGAAGAAGCCGGUCAUUGUUCCCCUGCCGCCCUCCGAAACUUUGCACACGGUACUUCGGGAUCGAACGGUCCUUGAGUUUCCCACAAUCUACGUCUUGACUGAUUCUGCAGAGACGAUUCGGGAAUCCAAGGAGACGUAUCCAUUCAUUCUGGAAGAGGAAUACUUACACUCGGCGCCUCAGGAGACGAGGGACGAGACUACGGAGUCUGAUCAGGACGAGCCAGCAGUGCCGGCGGGAACAAGCCAAGGCACUCUUGGCGUCAAUAUAGAGAACGUGGACGAAAAGACCGUGAUGGAGGUGCUUAAACAGGACUUGUUUGAAAAUAUCCCAUGA